CCCAGACGUAUAUGUGGCGGAUAGCUGUCGCUUUUCACGUUGGACCACGCAUGGUCAUCGCCCAGGUGUACUAUAACUAUUUUAUCAGCCAGAUGUCCAAAGUUGCCGACAAGUCCACCAGUUACAUACUUAUCAACCUUUGUUACUGGCUCAAUCUCAUCGAAAUAGCCGCUAUCUGUGGCGUAACUUACAUAUCCAACAGAGAAAAUUAUCCCGUGCACGAGAAAAUUUUCAUUUUGUUCAUGCUCAGCUCAUUGUUGUACAUGAUUGUCAUGAUUAAGACGUUCAAUAUGGUGCACAAAACUAUGACGGAACAUCAGCGUUUAUCGUAUACAAUUAAGAAAAUACUAUUCGCUAUUUGUAUAACAUCGACGUUCACAUUGAUAAUUUACUUUAUCAAACAUCGGUUCUACUGCCAUGAUUUGGCAUUCACAUGGUUUGCACUCAGCGAGUAUGUCCUUGCAGUAUCAAACAUGGCUUUCCACUUUACCAUUACACUGGACUUCCCACACGAACAGUUGAUAGUUGCUAAAAAUUUUCCAACACUCAAAACAGACUGAUGUGUUCUCAAUAUUAAAUCGAAGACUUAUGACUCAAACAUCUUACUUCCAUACACCUUCUAAUUAAUCUACAUUUUAUGUAUAUAUAAAGUACAUAUUUAUAUAUAUAUAUACCUUUGACAGCUCUUAGGCAAAUGCUCAUGUAAUAUGUGUUUAGUCUGGAAACUAUAUUAUUUUUUAUUCUUGUUGAUUUUAAGUUUGAAUAGUUUUUGAUUCCAUAUUUAACUUCCUGUGUUAUUGCAAUUUGUCUUUAUCUAAUAUUAAGUUCAAAUAUAUAAUUAUUUUAUAUACACAUAUAAUUAUAUAUUUUGCAAGUAUAAUAUAGUUUCCAACACAAACACGCACAAUAACUAAUGUUUCAAAUUGUUGUAAUUUCACUGCCAAGGAUAAUAAUAUGUUUUUAAGUUUGUUUACGAUAUAGGUAAUCUAUACAUUUUAUAGCAAACAAAUUUAGGUCAUAUAUUUACCGUUGUCCUUUGGCAAGCGUUUUUAUUGCAAUCAACUGAACAUUUAGUUAUUCUACAUGUUAUAUUAUGUGACUUAUAAUUUAUUAUAUCUGAGUGCAACAAAAAAUAUUUUUCUUGACCAAUAUAUAAAUAGGCAGCGUGUUUUUCAGGACUUUCAAAUAAAAAACCAAUCAUUAUUAUAAUUUCAAAAAAUUAGUAAACGGAAUUUAAAGAAAGUUUCUUAUGCCUUAAAGGCUUAAAAUUAAGAAGGCAUAUUAUUUAAAAGUCAAUUAUGGCUGCUUAAAUGUUUUUUAACCACUAUUUCUAUCGUAAUAUACGCCAAAGUGCGUGAUUAAUUGAUAUAUUAUUUGUAAAGGAAAAGACUUCUUUUAUACUGCACCUGAAUUAGACUUCUUUAAAGCUUGAAUAUAUUUUUUUGUUUAUAUUAAGUCAAAUUUAUUUAAAACUCUAUUUUGUUAAUAAUUAUUUUUAUUAUUAUUUGCUGAAUCCUAAGAGCGUCAUUUUACUGUACGUAUGUAUUUCCAGUGUUUCUACUAAAAAUAAGAUUAAUUUUUAGCUAUAUGACACAUGUAGAACUAAGUAGUACUUCUUUAAGUUUGUGGUAAUUAUGACGUUAAAAGAAAUAUUGUUAUUAGAAGUAAUUAUUUGUUUUUCGAGGUGCUCAGUUGCUUCAUUUGUUCGGAAUUUUAUAACACAUUAUAAUAUGAUAAUUACGAUUCUUCCAGUGGUUUAUAAAUUAAGCUUCCUAUAUCAUUAUUUAUUCAUUAUUGCUUCCAGAAUUGAACUUACCAAAUUUUAUGAUUUUCAACAAUGCAUUUACAUUACAAAACAGUGUUAUUAUUAUUACAAGUAUAUUACCUAGUCAGAUAAUUCACACAGUUUCUAGUCAAUUGGUUACUUCUCGUAACCAGCUAUAAUAAUAAUAGUUUUUAAGAAGAAUCCUACCCAUUGUACUCCUAUGGCCCAUACUAGCUAGUUUUGUAAAUCACUUUGUUUUCUAGUCUUAAUUUAUUUAAAUGUACAAUUUUAUUGAUGUUUUUAUUUUAAAAGGUAUUUGUUUUUGUUUUGUUGUUUUAAAUUUUAAUAAAUACAUUAACAUAUAAC